AUGGAUUUUUUUUCCGAAAAAGAAAAGGUUACCGAGUGCAUUAAUAAAAAUCGUCGAAAGGGAAGUCAUGUCGCAAAACGUCUCCAUGAUCGUGGCGAUUACGUUCGCAUAAUUGACAUCCAACCAAUUUCAGCAGAAUUGGAAAGUUAUUUCACUGAAUACAUUUUUGGAGAUUUAAGAGAUCUGAACGUAUGCCGCAAUGCUAUAAGAGAUAUACAAUGGGUGUUUCAUUUCGCGGCAAACGGGGCAGACAGCUUCGCCACUUACAUUGCUAAUCACAUGAUGACCGUGAACAUCACGCAAGCUGCUAUUGAAAGAGGAGUAGAGCGAUUCUUUUAUGCAUCCUCCGAUCAUGUCUCGAUAGUUGAUAACAACGGUUCUGACCUAAAACGAAAAGAUUCGGAAGAACACAAGGAUCAUCCGAGAAACCUUUACUAUUGCGAGAAGUUAAACGGAGAGACUUUUUUGACCGAAUUAGUAAAAAUCUACAGUCCAAACGGUGAAAAAUACCCGAUGCAGAUCAGGAUUGGAAGACUUUGUGAUAUAUUUGGCGAAGGUAACGAUUGGAUCGGAGGAAGGAAGUAUUUUCCUGCUUCAUUGAUUCGUGAAGCUAUCCAUUCUGUCGAGGAAGGCAAUUAUGAAAUCGAAAGUGACUAUUCCGAACCAUUGAAUAUUGAACCAGUGGAAACUCUCACAAUAAAAGAGUUGGCAGAAAUUGCGUUUGAAACUGCAAGAUUUCAUCGCAGCGAUAUAAGGAUGAAUGUGAAUGAAAAAAGGUUGGCAUGCAUGGAGAGAACUUCAACAUGGGUGCAAGAUGAAAUUAAAAAAGAAUACGAGAGACACAAAAAAUAUUCAACGAAAAGUGCAUUCAUUAGAGAAUUAAGAAAAAAUGAGAGAAAAAUGUUGGAGGAAAUAAAAUUUGGAAUAUUGCUCCCAAUUACAUCCCGUGGAUUGAAAAAUCCAGAGGAUUGUCUCUCUCAUCUUCGUAACUUCGCCCGGAGUUUGCAUGACACGACGCAAGCCGAUACCGCGAGAAUGAACGGGAAUAGGUUUACGAUCAAGGUUUUUGUUGGAGUCGAUGUAAAUGAUGACCUUUUUCAUCCUAUUAAGAAUAACAUCGCCGAACAGAUUCUCAAGGAACACGGAGUAAUGGACAUAGAAACACGAGAGUUUGAUUUACCCCCAGGGUGGGUCUGCAAGAUUUGGAAUGAUUUGGCAAUGGAUGCAUAUGGUCAACAAUGCGAUUAUAUAGUGCUUUUUGGUGAUGAUAUCGUACUUGAAAGUACCAAUUGGAUGUCGAAGAUACACGGCGGUUUCAUGAAAGUCUCGAAUGAGAAAAAAGUGCCACGCGGAUUUGGAUGUAUUGCUUUUACCGAAGCAACGUUCCCGGGAUUUCCCACCUUUCCAGUAAUGUCGAGACUUCAUGUUGAUAUGUUUCAUGGCAGGCCAUUUCCUGAAAUACUUACAAAUCAGGACGCGGAUAUAUUUUUAUUUCAAUUAUAUCGUCGUUGGGGAUGUUCAGUUAUGCUGAACAAUGUAAAGCUCCGGAAUCUAAUUGGCGGGAGCAAGAAAGGACGUUAUGAAAGAGUCUUCCAUGAUUGGAGCUAUUCAGUGUUGGAUGACGCAGUUCUUAAGGUUGAAGAGUGGAUGCGAGAAAAUCUCAAAAAUCCGAUUCCCAGGCUGGUUACUUUGGAUGUUGUUGUCCCUUCUUAUCGAGUUAAUAUGCAAUAUCUGGAACCUAUAAUAAAUCUCAAAAAACCCGACACCAUCUCGACCAUGACAAUCAUCAUCGUGGAUAAUCCCACCUCUCCGCGAAUUGUAAAUCUCAAGUCAUACGAGUACAAUGCUUUUUUUCGUUUUCGUCAAAAUAAAGACAAUAUUGGAGUAAGUGAGUCGCGUAAUCGAGGAAUCGCAGAAUCCAGCGCAGAUUAUAUUUUAUUCCUUGAUGACGACGUAUUGCCUGAUGACGAUAUAUUGAUAGAAGCUGAAAAGGUUAUUCGCAAAUUCCCAUCGGCAUGUGGAUUUGUUUGCUAUGUUAAUUUUCCAGACCCCGAAAAGAGCAUCUUCAAAAAUGCUGUAGAAAUGUCAGAUCUGAUGUACUUUUGGAAAAUUGCGAAAGAAGUUGAUGAGGAUGUUCCUUGGGGAGUGGGUGCUAACCUCAUUGUCCGUCGUUAUAAGGAUGAUAUUAAAUUUGAUUCCAGUUUUCCGAAAAGUGGAGGUGGGGAAGAUGUCGACUAUUGCAUAAGAAAGAAACAGUUCUUCGCCAAAAAUGUUCCCAAUGGAGAAGGAUUUCACGGUGCUCCUAUGGUACGAGUCACACAUUUAUGGUGGAAUAAUGGAAAGAGGUCUUAUUUUCGAAUUGCGAACUGGGCUUACGGGGAUGGACUAUUGAUUAAGAAAUACCCGGAGUAUGCAUACAGAGAUAGUGUACCUAAUAGCGUAGAACUUAUGAUGCUUCUGUUAUUGAUUUUGAUCCUCAUCCUACCAGUAACAUUAAUAUUCAAUGAUCGCACAUGGAAUACCGUUACGUUGGUCAUCUUUAUUUCUAUACCAUUAGUCAUUGCUGCGAAUAUGUUAGUCGACAUUGAUCGUCAUGUCAGGCGAGAACCAGAGAGGCAUGUUCCUAAACUACGAGGGAAUCGUCGAGUCCUCGCCGCCGCGGAAUCCUCAAUCAUAAGAAUGAUAAGUGAAGGCGGUAGAUUGUUUGGGCAAAUUAAGAGAAAAGAAUGGAA